AUGGCCGUCGGCAACAUCUACGUUAUCGCGGCCAUCGCCGUCAUUGGCGGUGGUCUCUUUGGCUUCGAUAUCUCAUCCAUGUCUGCUAUCAUCAACACCGAUGCGUACCUGUGUUACUUCCAACAGGGCCCCCUCAAGCCCGAUGAAAACGGAGUGCUCACGUGCAGUGGUCCUACUGCUGACGUCCAGGGCGGUAUUACUGCUGCUAUGCCUGGAGGCUCCUGGCUCGGUGCUCUCGUUUCUGGUUUCCUCUCUGACAUCUUUGGUCGGAAGACGAGUAUCCAAAUCGGUUCUGUGAUCUGGUGCAUUGGUUCCAUCAUCAUCUGCGCCUCCCAAAACAUCCCCAUGCUCAUCGUGGGCCGUGUCAUCAAUGGCUUCAGCGUCGGCAUCUGCUCGGCUCAAGUCCCAGUCUACAUUAGUGAGCUGGCACCCCCAACCAAGCGCGGUCGUCUCGUCGGUCUCCAGCAAUGGGCCAUCACCUGGGGCAUCAUGAUCAUGUUCUACAUCUCCUACGGCACCAGCUACAUCGACGGCACCGCGGCCUUCCGCAUCCCAUGGGGCCUGCAAAUGAUCCCAGCAAUCCUCCUAUUCUUCGGCAUGAUGAUCCUCCCCGAGUCACCCCGCUGGCUCGCCCGCAAAGACCGCUGGGAAGAAUGCAUGAGCGUCCUCACCCUCGUCCACGGCAAAGGCGACCCCACCGCCCCCUUCGUCAUCCGCGAAUACGAGGAAAUCAAAAACAUGUGCGAGUUCGAGCGCAACAACGCAGACGUCUCGUACCUCGAGCUCAUCAAGCCAAACAUGAUCAACCGCACCCACGUCGGCGUCUUCACCCAAAUCUGGUCCCAGCUAACCGGCAUGAACGUCAUGAUGUACUACAUCACCUACGUCUUCGCCAUGGCCGGUCUGGAAGGCAACAACCUCCUCGUCUCCUCCUCCAUCCAAUACGUCAUCAACGUCGUGAUGACCGUCCCCGCCAUCAUCUGGGUCGACCGCUGGGGCCGCCGCCCAACCCUCCUCCUCGGCGCAGCAGGAAUGCUCGCCUUCCUCUUCGCAAACGGCGGUCUCAUGGCCAGCUACGGACACCCCGCACCCCCCGGCGGCCUAGACGGCAUCGAGCAGCAGUCCUGGAUCGUGCGCGGGCCCCCCUCAAAGGCCGUCAUCGCCUGCACCUACCUCUUCGUCGCCGUGUACGCGAUCUCCUGGGGCCCCGUGUCCUGGGUGUACCCGCCGGAACUAUUCCCGCUGCGCGUCCGCGGCAAGGCCAACGCGCUCUGCACGUCGUCCAACUGGGCCUUCAACUUCGCGCUGGCGUACUUCGUCCCCCCGGCGUUCGUGAACAUCCAGUGGAAGGUGUACAUUAUCUUCGGCGUCUUCUGCACGGCGAUGUUCAUCCAUGUGUUCUUCAUGUUCCCGGAGACGGCGGGCAAGACGCUCGAGGAUGUCGAGGGCAUCUUUACCAACCCGAUGGGCAUCAAGUAUGUGGGCACGCCCGCUUGGGAGACGAAGAACGAGCGUGGUCGGGCGGCUAUGCUUGAGCGCACGGGAUAUGAUGGCGAUGAGGAGAAGAGGGCUGAGGCUGUGGAGGAGGCUGCGCCGAAGAAUACCCGUGCUCUGUGA